GCGUCUCCAGCCAGGCUGCCUCCCGGAGGCACAGCCCAGGCUUCUCUGAGCGGCUCCUGCCUCCUGUGGCCACUCAGCCUUUGCCCAGACAGGUCCCUGCACCCAGGGAUCCCCUUCUCGGCACCAUGAUGGGAAAGCUGCCUCUGGGGGUUGUCUCCCCCUACGUGAAGAUGAGUUCAGGGGGCUGUACAGACCCCAUGAAGUUCUACGCCACCAGUUACUGCACGGCCUACGGCCGGGAGGGUUUCAAGCCUCGCACGCCUGCUGGCCACGGAGCCACUGGCUUCAAGUCCAACCACCGGCCCAUGGUCUCUUACAAGCCCAGCCUGGACGUAUUGGACAACCCAGCCAUGGGGGAACAGCUCCGGGACAGUUUCCAGUCUGUGAGCAGCCAGACCUACCGCCCCCUGGAGGUGCCCAAUGGCACACAGCCCCUGCCCUGGAGCUUGCACCAGACCGGCUCCAGCUACUCCCGGGAUGCGUCCAGCAUGGCACCCCUCAGCAAGGAGGUCAGGAAGGUCCACUUUGACACCCAGGACCAUGGGCCCCAGGCCAUCACGGGACUGGAACCCAAGGACGUGCCCGUGCUCCACCAGCAGCAGGACAAGGGCUCACUGGAGUGGGAGAAUGCCCGGCAUGGCCCACGCUUUAUGACGUCCGAGUACAAUUCCAAGUACCUCAGGGAGCCUUCUAACCAGCAAGAUCUCUUGCAGAAGAACUCCAUCAGCUCCAAGGAAGAGACAGGCUUCACUGAGGGCUCCACCAAGAACCCUAUUACCUUCCAGCCGCCAUCCCAGGCCCUGCCUGGGGACCCUGUCCUCCUGCCUGGCCGGAGUGUCACCAAGUCGGACUAUGUCCCCAUGACCCAUCCCCGUGGGGAUGAGUUCCUGCCGGUGCUGGCCAGAGGCUCCGAGCGGGACACGGGCUUCAGUCGCAUUAAUGAUCGGGUCCUGAACCCCAGAAUGCCUGCCCCAGGCCCAGAGCUCAGCAGCGCGGGCCACCGGCCAUUCCAGCACCCCCAGCGCCUGCAGCAGACCAACGUGGCCCUGCUGGGCCGGGAGACUGUGGGGAACAAGCAGGAGCCCACAGGUUUUAGCCUGAACAAUGCCGCCUACGUUCGCAGUCCCUACGACCCCAACAUGGACAGCCGCUACCUGACUACCUACAACCAGGGGUACUUUGAAAACAUCCCCAAGGGGCUGGACCGUGAAGGCUGGACCCGCGGUGGCAUCCAGCCCCAGCAGCCUGGUGGCUAUGCCAUCAACCAGUCUGUCAUGCGCAUGGAGCCCAAGCCCAAGCCCGAGGAGGGCCUGCGAGGCCUGCACCCCCACGUGGGAAGAACACUGGUGGCAACUGAUCCCUACUACCGAGCCCCCCUUCACCCUCAACCUCACCCUCAUGGUGGAUCCUUCGCUAGACCCAACUGAGCCAGAUGCUUGGGUCAGCUUCCCAGAUGGGACAGGAGCCCAGUAAUGUCCCCACUGUCAGCCAUCCCUGCUGCCCCUCCUCACCUCCCCCUCAACCCGCACCUCCAGUCCUAAUGAAAUAAAAACUUUUGAAACAGA